CGCAAGUUUUUCCCCCUCUCUGGCCAGCGACCCUCCGCCCGGAGCUCGCGAGUGAGGGAGGCGUCAGCGCCCCGCGCGCAGCUGCUCCCAAGGCUCCCGCUCCCUCCGGGUGGCCAGGGCGGUGACAGCCAGGUUGUCCCAUCUGUUGUCAGUCCCAACAAGCCGCGAGCUGCCACAACACGCCUGGCACAGCCCGGGCACGGAGGUGGUGACCGAGCCGGACAGCGUUCGGUCCCGUCCUCCUGGGGGCUGUGUGGGGACAGAAAGGGUUUCGCUUCUCCGGUCCAGACCGGUUCUGCCCUUAAAAGCAAAGGCUGGCCGUGCCCUGGCUGGGACGGGACGUUCGGCCGGGGCUGUCCUCCCCUCCCGGCGCCGCUGCAGAGCCCUGCUGUCACUGUCACCCGCGGACGGGCGCCGGGGGACAGCUCGGGCUGACGGAAAGGAGCGCGGUGGCUGACAGGUUGCUGGAAAAUGUCCAACCAAAUUUAGAAUGUAUAUACUCAACCCAUAGCUUGGCACCUUCUUGCACCUGCUUGGGCAAGGAAGACCGUGCUGCUCCCACGAGGACUCCCAGGGCCUUCCAGGCCAAAGAAGAGUGGGCGGGAUGGCCUCCAUCUUCCGGAGUGAGGAGAUGAGCCUGAGGCAGCUCUUCCUGCAGGUGGAGGCUGCCUACUGCUGCGUGGCUGAGCUUGGGGAGCUGGGGCUGGUCCAGUUUAGAGAUCUGAAUGUGAAUGUCAACAGCUUCCAGAGAAAGUUUGUGAAUGAAGUGAGAAGGUGUGAAUCCUUGGAGAGAAUCCUGCGUUUUCUGGAGAAUGAGAUGGAAGACAAUGUUGAAAUAGUCAAAGGAGAAAAGUACCCAGAGACACCCCUGCCUCGGGAAAUGAUUGAUAUGGAGACAGUGCUGGAGAAACUUGAAGCCGAGCUGCUGGAAGCCAACCAGAACCAGCAAACAUUGAAGCAGAACUUCCUUGAACUGACAGAGCUCAAACAUCUGCUGAAGAAAACCCAGGAUUUCUUCGAGGCAGAAACCAAUCUGCCAGAUGAUUUCUUUAGUGAAGACACAUCUGGACUGCUGGAGCUGAGAAGCACUCCUGCUGCUGCAGCUGCCAAGCUGGGAUUCACAGCAGGGGUAAUAAAGAGGGAAAGGAUGAUCCCCUUUGAGCGUUUACUGUGGCGAGCCUGCAGGGGAAACAUCUACCUGAGGUACACAGAAAUGGACACCCCCAUGGAGGACCCUGUGACAAGAGAAGAGGUGAAGAAGAAUGUGUUCAUUAUCUUCUAUCAAGGAGAGCAGCUUAAACAAAAAAUCAAGAAGAUUUGUGAUGGAUUUCGUGCAACAGUCUAUCCUUGUCCAGAGUCUGCCACCGAGCGCCGAGAAAUGCUUGAUGGAGUCAACACAAGAAUUGAGGAUUUAAACACAGUGAUAACACAAACUGAGUCCCACCGCCAACGACUGCUGCAUGAGGCAGCAGCCAACUUGUGGUCCUGGGGGAUCAAGGUGAAGAAAAUCAAGGCCAUCUACCACAUCCUGAAUUGCUGUAACAUCGAUGUCACCCAGCAGUGUGUCAUUGCAGAGAUCUGGUUCCCAGUGGCUGAUGCUGACCGGAUAAAAAGAGCUCUCCAUCAAGGAAUGGAACGCAGUGGCUCCACGAUUGCCCCCAUCCUCACUGCCAUACACACCAAGAUGGCACCACCCACCUUCAACAGGACCAACAAGUUCACAGCUGGAUUUCAGAACAUUGUGGAUGCAUAUGGUGUGGGAAACUACAGGGAGAUGAACCCAGCUCCCUACACUAUCAUUACUUUCCCCUUCUUGUUUGCGGUGAUGUUUGGGGACUGUGGCCACGGCGCUGUCAUGCUGGGCUUCGCACUCUGGAUGGUCAUUAAUGAGAAGAGCCUUCUGGCCCAGAAAAGCACUAAUGAGAUCUGGAACACCUUUUUCAGCGGGCGCUACCUGAUCCUGCUCAUGGGCAUAUUCUCCAUGUACACUGGCUUCAUCUACAAUGACUGCUUCUCCAAAUCAUUCAACUUCUUUGGUUCUUCUUGGCAUAUCAUCCCCAUGUUUAAAAAUAACACUUGGAAUAAGGAUGUGCUUCUAGAAAAUGCAGUGCUGCAGUUGGAUCCAGCAGUCCCAGGAGUCUACUCUGGAAAUCCAUAUCCAUUUGGAAUAGAUCCGAUCUGGAAUGUUGCAUCGAACAAGCUGACUUUCCUGAACUCCUACAAAAUGAAGAUGUCGGUUGUCAUAGGGAUUGUGCACAUGAUUUUUGGGGUGGUACUCAGUCUCUUCAACCACAUCUACUUCAGGAAGUACAUAAACAUUAUUCUUCAGUUCAUUCCAGAGAUGAUUUUUAUUAUCUCUCUUUUUGGCUAUCUGGUCUUCAUGAUUAUUUUCAAAUGGUGUCAUUUUGAUGUCCAUUCAUCCCAGAGUGCACCAAGUAUCCUCAUCCACUUUAUCAACAUGUUUCUGUUCAACUAUAGUGACAGUUCAAAUGCACCAUUGUAUCUGCAUCAGAAAGAAGUUCAGAGUUUCUUAGUCAUAUUUGCUCUGAUUGCUGUUCCCUGGAUGCUCCUAAUUAAACCUUUCAUCCUCAGAGCCAACCACCAGAAAGCGCAGCACAUGAUCCGUUCUCAAGCCAUCUCAGGAGGUGAAAAUGAGGUAGACGUCCCAGAGACCAAUCACUCCAAGAAAGCUUCCCAGGGAGACCACAGCGGUGGCCAUGAAGGACACGAGGGUGACGAAGAAGAGUUCAAUUUUGGAGACAUAUUUGUCCACCAAGCUAUCCACACCAUUGAAUACUGCCUUGGCUGCAUCUCCAACACAGCCUCCUACCUGCGACUCUGGGCGCUGAGCUUGGCCCAUGCACAGCUGUCAGAGGUCCUUUGGACCAUGGUGAUGCACAAUGGGCUCAGCAGCGGUGGCUGGGCAGGCCUCAUCGCCAUCUUCAUCAUCUUUGCGGCAUUCGCGGUGCUGACGGUGGCCAUCCUGCUGGUCAUGGAGGGGCUCUCGGCCUUCCUGCACGCCUUGCGUCUGCACUGGGUGGAAUUUCAGAACAAAUUCUACGUGGGAGCUGGGUACAAAUUUUCUCCGUUCUCCUUCAAUCACAUCAUCAAUGGCACUGCAGAAGAGUAAAACCAAUGCAUCACUGCUUCCCUCCUCAGACCAGCCUCUGUUUCCUUAUGGCUCACCCACAGAGUUGGACACAUGGGAUGAAAGAGAAUGGGGCAUGGCCCUUGAAAGAAGAGCUGUACAUGAAUAUGUUCUAGCUACAUUCCAUUAUACUCCUGUAUCAGCUAAGAGAUGACCUGUAUCAGCUGGUCUGGCUGGACCCUUGGCUGAGACUCCACUGAUGUCUGCAAGUACCUGGUCCUCAGCAUUUGAUGGGGUCAGCUGCCUACUGCUUGGUUGAAAAGAAGAGAUGCAGCUUUGGAAUUAAAUUGGUUAUUAACAAUCGACUCACAUGCAUUCUGCUCCAUUUGCUGCCUUGUCGUUGCGGUAUAUUUCUUUCCAAGGAAAAUAUGUUUUGUUUGUGGAAGAUCAUAUGACAUAAUUAAGUCCCUUAUAAGAUUUCAGCCCUUCAUUUAGCACACAAUGCAAACCAUCUCAAAGACAGAUCGUAUUGCAGACUUGCAAUUUUCUUCGUGCUUUACUAGAAUAACCCCCUUUUUAUCUGAUUUGCUCCAGGGCUUGAGAGCACUGGAUUAUAGAAAUGUACACAUGUCAUCACUUAACAAAAGUGUUAGUUUUGAGCUAUGUAAACAAAAGUUGCCACAUUGGCAGCCAUUUCAUUUAUCUCGAUUGACUUGUUUGUCACUGGAGACUCAAGAUGUGCUGUAUUUUUCAAGAUGGGUUGUUAAAGCAAAUUGUACAAAAAUGCGAAUAUCUAAUGAACAGAAAGAAAAGUGGAAGCAAAACAGUUGGCGUGAAUUUGAAGUACUGAUGUACUGUGAUCUGAAAUAUUCAUGAAUUACUAAUCCUUCAAACUGAAUACUGUUAAUCAUAACAGGCUAUGUUUUUCUAACUCUGAACUAUGUAAAGAAAACCAAAUACACCAAGGUAUUUGGAGUGGACAGUGCUCCCUUGCAAGGGGUGUGACCGAACAAGCCCAUAUUUUCAAAACACACUGCCUUGAUAUCCAGCUCCACCAAAAAACCCACAUGGGAGUGUUUCCAGCAAGACACACAGUGUUAUACUUAUCACUGGUUAUGUUUCUGCAGUAGUCAGGCUUGAGAGUAAUCUCCAGCUACAGUGACAGGGGAGAAAAUACAGUCCCAAGCCAAGCAGUAGUCCUAAUUUUUUCCUUGGAGCCUCAAGAAGCCAUAUUAAUAUUUUGAACAGCUUGGGCUUGGAGCAGCAACUGGAGCUGAGAAGAGGUGGGCACAGGUGUGUGUCCAUGACCCAUGUGUGGUCCCAGGUCACCAGUUCUUUGGGCAUAAGUAACCUAUGGUACAGGAAAAAGCUACACAGACAUGACAGCAGAUGGUGUCACAGUUGCUCAGAAUAUGCACAUCACCUUUGUUUCUUCCUUCCAGCUUGUUUUGUCUAUUCCUACUCAGGAGAAAAGCUGUCUUGCAGAAAGAAUGGCCAAAGUAGUUUGAUGCAUUAUCAAACGCAGAGAAAAGAAUUUGCUUUGUGAAACAGUGGGUGAAUUUUCUGCACAAGCACAUAUUCUAUCUUAAUUGCAGCCUUCCAUGUGAUUGCAAUGUAACUGAGAAGAUGAUUACCAGAAACAGAUUAUCUGUUCCUUU